AUGGCCACCAGAUCCAAUGGGACACGGCGCAUGGUGUCGCUAUUGCGCCCGUCAAUAGUCGACUCCAGCGUGUGCAGAAGCUGUCAACAGACCCUCGGCCGACGCCAGUAUGCUGCCGCGACCGAAACACCCGCCACAGAGACGGCCUCGAUUGCAAAAGACGCAUCGGCAUCAACAACCUUCCCCGUCGUGAAACCCGUCUACACCAUCAACGCCGGCGUCGCCCUCUCCCGACCGCCCCAGGUGACCCGCGAGCUGGAGCCAUUCGAGCAAGCCUACUAUUUCUACCAGAAGCGGCUGAACGAGCGACUGGCGCUACCGUUCACAAAGUACUUCUACUUCAAGCGCGGCACGCCGGCCGACGAGGACUGGAAGCGGAAGAUCCUGGACCGCCGGACCGCAGCGCGGGAUAUCGGCAAGUACAACGCGUACGCGAGCGAUGCGUGGAACGACGAAUUGCUUGUUGACGCGCCUGAGGCCGAUCCCGCGCACCAGGUUGAGAUGCUUGUGCAGGACGCGGAGGCUACGGCCAAUGCCACCUCGCAGGAUACCAGCAAGAAGGAGGAGAUUCCCCGUCCCUUUCCGCGGGUAACGGAGGCGGAUAAGAAGGGCGAUGAGAAGAGCUUGGAUCGUCUGCUUCCGAGGACUUUUGCGCCGGUGGAAGCGGGCGAGAGUCUGCGUCUGGCUGCCGAGCGGACCCUUGCCCAGUCAGCGGGCGUGAAUAUGAACACUUGGAUGGUCGGCUAUCAUCCCGUCGGACACAAUGUGCUGGACUUCAAGCGACCAAAGAUCGACCAAGGGGCAGGGACCGAGUUGCGUGGCGAGAAGACUUUCUUCCUGAAAGCGCGCAUCAUGGCCGGACAGGCCGAUCUGUCAGCCAACACGCUGGGACUCAAGGACUUCAAGUGGCUCAGCAAGGAGGAGAUCGCCAAGUACGUGCAUCCGGGGUACUACCAUGACAUCAAGAAUAUGCUGGCCGAUCGGUAA